AUGCAACCGACAAAAACUACACGCAAACGAGUCUCGAGGGCUUGUAAUCUUUGUCGCGCGCGCAAAGUGCGAUGCAUCAUUGAGAAUCCGACUGAUCCUUGUGUCAAUUGUAGACAUAACGACAAGGUCUGUACGUUUAAGCGACGACAUGGAAUAGUAUCAUCAACUCCUCAAUUGCGACCGAACGGACCUUUACCUCCCCGACCAACAGACACAAACAAACCCAUCGAACCCUCAUUCCAACAACCUCUACCGAUCACACCAACAACAAUACCACCUCCCGCAUCAAUCGCGUCGUCUUCAUCCUUUCCCGACUCAUCCGCUUCUCAAAAUGUCGCUACUCUAUCAGGCCAGCCAUGUCAUCCCGACUACGCGUUUCUCCAAGUCCCCGACACCAAAGACCUUCUCCCGCAAGACCUCGCAUUUCUCGUCAGCCAAGGCUGUUUUAUCGUCCCACAACGAGCUGCGCUGGAUGAUUUCCUGAGGCAGUAUUUUUUGCAUGUGCAUCCGAUGCUUCCGAUCUUAAAUGAGAAGGACUUUUGGCUUUCGUAUAACUCGGUAGAUUCGGAUGUGGAAUAUCAGAUGCCCAUGCUCGUCUUGCAGGGGGUCUUGUUUAUUUCCUCGGGAUUUGUCUCUGCUGAAACGAUUAAAAUGCUGGGCUUUCCAGAUGUUCAUCAAGCCAAACUUGCAUUUUACCGACGAGCAAAGCUCCUCUACGACUUUAGCUGCGAAAAAUCAUGCAUCGCUAUAGCCCAAGCAUCCUUACUUCUCGCCCACACCCAUCUCAUCCCACGUUGCAUCGCAGGCAACAAACCGCUGGGUUCAAUCUGGCUCGGCAUCGCCAUAUCCUACGCCCGCGUCGCCAAAGCCCACUGCUACUCUUCCCUCCGCCCGAGCCGCGAUACAGAAGUCGCCAAGGUGCAAAAAGCACGCAACACGCUUAAACGAUUAUGGUGGUGCUGCAUCAUCUGCGAUAGAUUACUACCGCUUACUUCGAGACAAAACAUAAAAAUCACACCCGCCAAUUUCAGUUUCUCAGGGUGUUCGGUGCUUGGAAGUGCGGAUCUUUGCGAUGAGUUGUAUAACUCUGAUGUUUAUGAUUCAACCACAAAAACACUACAUGCGGAGCUUUUGGCAAAGUUGGUGGAUCUUUGUGUUGUGCUUACAGAUGUUUUGGGGGUUGUUUCUGUUCUCUAUAAUAAUCCAUCGUGGAUGCUUUCAGGGAGAAUGGAAGUGGCCAAGGAUGCGAGUCUGUGUCAGAUUGAACUGAGGAGGUGGUAUAAUGCUUGGAGUGAGACUAAAGCAACUCUAGAAGAGAGGAUGACCGAAGAUGGGUCACAGACUGAGUCUAUUAUCUUGUUCAAGAAUCUCAUCGAGAUGUAUUAUCACAUCGGAUGUACCGCCUUUCCUCUAGCCCUCCAAAUGAUCGACGUCGAACUUCUUCGCCCGAAACAAAAGUCCAUAUCCCAAGAAGGCGCCAUUCUAACGCGAAAACAACAACACGUCGAUAAUCUGGUGAAACAAAUGAAGAGCUACAAGAACAAGUACUACAUCACAGACUGGGUCAUGCGCGCUAUUCGCCAUGUUGUGGAACUCGCGCAGCAAAAGUCACCUGCACCUUUCACGACAGACGACGAUUCAUCACCGAGCAGUUACUUGGAUAUGUUGAAGAACAGACCGAGUUACUACCUCAGGCUUGUUAUGACUCUCGAUAUGAGUAUCAGCAAUGGCCGAUUGCCGGAUGAGUGCGACUUUCCGCCGUCGUUGAGAAAAGCUGGUCGUGCUUUUGCUAGAUCACAACAAAAUCCCAUAUUACCGAUGGACGACGAUUCGAGGCAACGCUUUUCUGCAAUGAACAAAGAUCUCAUACCGGACAACCUUACAACCCAAAGCGGUAUCUUGUCAGCCGAUGUGCAAGAUCAUGUCCAGGCCCAAGACGCCAUCAUGGUCGACCAAGAAUCCUUCUUCAACAACAAACAGUCAUUUCCGGUUGAUCUAACAGCUGCGCUGUGCGAGAUUACGAAUAUUCCACCGUUAGACUUUAGCGAUAUGCCGUUAUUGGACUCGUCACAUUUUAAUGAUUUUGGAGGUGUACCUUUUUGGCCUUAUGAGUUGCUUGGUUCACCACCUGAUAACCUGGGCCAGGCGGAUGAAGUCAGCAUGGAAGAUAUAUUCUCUGGAAUAAUAGGGGCUGGGAAUGGAGAACAGAAUUUUGACGAUGUUGUCAUACAGAGCGGUGGGCAGGUUGCGCUGUCGGUAGACUCGUUUUGA